AUGACCAAUGCCACCAUUCAGGAAAUUGAAGGUAUUGAUGAUUAUUGGGGCCCAGCAUUUAGAUCUGUUUAUGAAGGAGAAGGGGGUCACGAGGCAUUUCUCCAGCAGUUGGAUGAGAGGAUCAAGCAACAUGACAAGGAAAUUGAAAAGCUCUGCAACUUCUAUUAUCAAGGUUUUAUAGACUCUAUUCGUGAAUUGCUAGAAGUAAGAUCUCACGCUGAAGAGCUCCACGCUGAGAUAUCCAAUGUGGAUGCCAAUGUAAAGGAGACUGCUGAUGGCUUAUGUGUACGUGCUGAAGAACUUCUUAGGGCAAGACGAGUAGAGUUAAAUAUAGCCUCAACUAUUGAGAAGAUGGAAUUAUGUUUACCCCUACUUACUACAUAUUCUAAAUUGAAGUCCCAAGUUGAAGCUAAAAGAUAUUAUCCUGCUCUAAAAACUUUAGAGCAAUUGGAGCAUGUGCUACUGCCACGAGUAGGGCCUUACGUCUGGUGCUCUCAGAUAACUGCUGAUAUACCAAAACUGAGGCAGGCCAUACAGGAUGCCUCUAUGGCUGAUCUUCGCGACUUUCUUGAGAACAUUCGCCGUGUCUGUCCACAGGUUGGUGCACUGGCUUUGAAGCAAACCCAAGACAUGCUCGGGAGAAGUUUAGAAAACAUUAUCAAGAACAAAAAAGAUAUGGCAACCCUAGGCCUAUCGACAUCUGAACACAGUGCCCCACAGAGUCCGCAUGAACUGGUUGAUUUCAGUCCACUGUAUCGCUGUCUACACAUCCAUACUGUGCUUGGUGCUCAAUCAGACUUUAUACAAUAUUAUCGAGCUCAGCGCAAGCAACAAGCGCGUCUCGUAGUAAUUCCUGCGGCUGGCAAUCUGCAUGAUUCUAUCCAAAGCAUGAAAAGCUAUCUCAACGCUGUCCUCGGAUUUUUCAUUCUGGAAGAACAUCUUUUGACUACAGGCGCCGGUUUGGUGUCGAUGGAUUGGUUGGUGGACACUUGGAGCGCUUCGUUGAGCGCCGUCGCGGGGACGUUGCGCACGAACACGGCCCUCGUCACCGACCCCACCCUUAUGCUCAGCAUCAAGCACCAGAUUGUGCUCUUCAUUAAUGCUCUAAAAUGUUACGGCCUGUCGUCGGACCCGCUGCCGCAGUUGCUGCAGGAAAUGGCAGAGCAUUACACAGAGGUGCUGAUGCAGCGCUGGGUCGUUGUUUUCAGGGACGUUCUCGACAACGCCACGUUCAAGCCCAUUGAGGUUGAGACUCAAGAGCAAUAUGACGGAGUUAUGGAUACUUUUCCUUAUGACGGAGAUGAGUUGGAGAUGCAACCGUUUCCAAGAAAGUUUCCAUUCUCAUCCAUAGUCCCCGCCGUAUACGUCCAAGUGAAAGAGUUCAUUUACGCGUGGCUCAAGUACUCCUGCGGGCUGGGACUGGGCGGAGGACGACGGGCGGCGGCCGCCAGGCAUUCCGCGUCGCUACUGCUCAGUCGCUCUUUCACUGGAUGUCUCUCUGCGCUCUUUCGGCGCUCCUUGCCUCUUAUGCAGCUCGUACAGAUAAUUAUGGACACACAAUACCUGGAGAGUGCGACGCCAUACCUCUAUGAGUUCAUCAGCAACAUAACUGGCUCCGAACUCGUCUCCACCCAGCAAGCUGGCAGUAUGUUUCAAGCGGCACGCGAUGACGCAGAGAGACAGAUCUGUGAGAACCUGCAGCAGAAGGUGGACGAGUUUCUCGACCUCGAAAACUACGAUUGGUCGCUCGUGGAACCGACCGGGCAGGCUUCGUCCUUCGUUACCGAUAUGCUGGGUUACCUCUCCGGAGUGCUGGCGUCCCUGGAGCAGCUACCUCAGCGCGCGCGCGUCGCAGCCGUGCGGACCGCGACCACUCGCAUAGCGACCCGGUUGCGUAACUUGCUGCUCGAGCCGGCGGUUCGGCAGGUGUCGUCGGGGGCGCUGCACCAGCUCGACCUAGACGUGAUUCAGUGCGAGCAGUUCGCGGCCAGCGAACCCGUGCCAGGUCUUCGCGAAGGCGAAUUGCUGGAGCACUUCGCUAGUCUGCGGCAACUUCUGGACUUAAUAACGAGUUGGGACUGGUCCUCUUAUCUUCACGACAUCGGCUUAGAAAACGGUAAAUACGCCUUAGUCCCGCCGCGGGACGCGGCCACCUUGCUAGAGAAGCUCAGAGAAGCGGAACAGAAGUCUUCCGUAUUCUCCGUCUUGAAGAAGAACGAAAGGGACAGGAGGAAGUUGCUAGAUACGGUUCUAAAACAACUUAAACAGUUGCACAAUCAAGAUGGCUAA